GUGUGACCGAGUCUCAGAGUUCAGACCUCUCAUGCUCUGCAUAUAUUUGGAGGGAACCAACCUUCCAUAAGCUCGAUUCAUCAUGGCAAGUCUUAGAUGCAUCGUAUACGUGUUAGCCAUAAGCCUUUUCAACCCAAUUAGCUGCCUUCUUAAUUAUGAUCAUUCAAACUCCAAGCCUGCAUAUGAGUCACAACAAAAGGCCUUGUUUGUGUUUGGGGCCUCACUAUUUGAUCCCGGCAACAAUCAAUACCUUAAUUUGAGCGUCGCUGCAAUGAACUGGCCAUAUGGGGAAACCUUCUUCCGCCAUCCCACUGGAAGAUUUUCCGAUGGACGCUUAGUCCCGGAUUUCAUUGCUAAUUUUGCAAAAUUGGCUAUGCUUCCACCAUACCUGCAAUCUGGUCCGCGUGUAUUUACUGAUGGCGCCAACUUUGCUUCAGCUGGAUCUGGAGUUCUUGUUGAAACUGGUCCAGGAACUCUAAGUUUUCCAAAGCAGUUGAGCUAUUUUAAGAAGGCGACGAAGUUGCUGGAACAGCAACUGGGUAAUGUAGAAGCCAAGAGUUUGUUGAAAAGAUCUGUUUACUUGAUCAACAUGGGAACGAAUGAUUAUUCUACCUUCUACAAUACUAAUCCAAAUGCCACUGAGUCUCACCGGCAGGAUUUCGUAGCAACUGUGAUCGGAAACUUGACAAGUGUGCUCCAAGAACUAUAUAAUUUAGGAGGAAGGAAAAUUGCAUUUCAGAAUGUAGGACCUCUAGGCUGCAGACCUGCAGAUAAGCAAGGCUACCCUCAAGCUGAUGGUGGGUGUGUUGGAGGACUCUCAGCUCUGGCCAGGUUACAUAAUAAAGCUCUAGCUAAUAUCCUCAAAAAUUUGGAGAGCCAGAAACCAGGAUUCAAAUAUUCAAUAUUUGAAUAUUAUGAUGCAAUUGAUGACAGGGUAAAUAAUCCUUCAAAAUAUGGCUUCUACAAUAGUACGGAUGCCUGUUGUGGUACUGGAGCAUAUCGGGGAUCAAAUUGCGGCGGAGAAAAUGGAACGGAAACAUAUGAACUGUGCAGCAACCCUGGAGAUUAUGUGUGGUUUGAUGGUGUGCAUACGACUGAAAGGUUAAACCUCCAAUUAGCAGACCUAAUAUGGAGUGGAACACCAAACGUUACAGGGCCUUACAAUGUCCAACAGCUAUUUGAAUUGGAUUAGCUACCGUUCGUGAAUCGUGUGCAUAUUUGAACAAUUUGAGAUUCCUUUGACAUUAAUUCAUGAGUCCUUUUUUUUUUUGGGUAAUAAAAGCUUUUGUUGUAAUGGUUUUCAACGUUUUGAGAGCCAGCUAA